CGAUAAUUUCCUGUCAAAGCCAACACAUCUCUAAACGUCUGGGUCGCUAUUGUUGUGUAACUGAAACGCGUAUAUUUCGUUAAAAGCGCUCAACAAUGUCAGCCUCCGCCGCCCGUGGUUCAACAUCGCUGCUAAAGCGUGCUUGGCACGAAAUUCCCGAUAUUGUUGGCGGCUCUGCAAUGGCCAUCGCUGGUAUUGUUAUGGCUGGCAUCGGCCUGGUGAACUACUACUCCAAGGAUGGCGACAAUCGUCGCUACAAGCAAGGCUAUGUAGUAUAUCGUCAUGACGAUCCACGUGCCCAGAAAGUGCGCAAUGAUGAAGAUGAUUAAACCAAACUCAUUCAUAGUGUAUAAAAAUA